AUGCAGAAAAGGCCCAACAAUCAACAGAUGCAACAGGCGGUGUCAAAGCGAAGCAGGCUAGGAUCAGUCGCGGAAGAGUUGCCGGCCUUGGCCCAAGGCGAGAAUGAGUUAUUAGUGCGUUUGAAUCAUGAGGAUGAUGGUAUGCCAAUAGCGGGAGACCCUCGAUGCAUUCGACAGGAGGACUUGGAGGUGGUGGUGAAACCUAGUGUUAUGUUUUUGGCGAGCGAACACAAGACGUGUGAUUUGUGUCUGGAUUUCGAGGUAGUCCAAGUGCGACUGAACAUAGGUGGCCUUGCAUUCCGCGAUAUUACUAGUAACCCCUGGGUGUUGCAGGACGCGCAGAUAGCGGUGACUGUGAUGCACCCGACGGAACCUUUACAGCUGACCAGCUGGACGUCUUACCGAAGUACAGAGAGCCACAAGACGAUGACGAUGCAGGGACUACAUUUAGACAAGUACUCGUACCAACAUCCGGAUGACCCGGGCGUAAUAGGUACGAGCAAGAGGGUAGAGCAGGGUGCUGGGUACGACCAGACGACUGGAUACGAACAGGGCGUUGGGUAUGACCAAAGUGCUGGAUACGACCAGAGUGCUGCAUACGACCAGUCGGUGAUGUUGGUGAGGUGGGAGGCGCGAUUCCCCAUGGUUACCAUAAGGUGUGGACCGUACAAGGGUUUGCGCAAUCACGGGUGCACGUGCUACUUGAACUCGCUACUGCAGUGUUUGUUUCAUUUAUCUAGCUUCCGGAAGUUCAUUUACCAGACUACUCUGGAGGAGGACCAGCUGCUUUACGAUAAGGUCGCCAAGUAUCUGCACUCAAAAAAGUAUUCCGAGUCCAGCUCGACAUACCAGCUGGACGACCUCUUCCGAUGCCUCAACCAUGAACUACAAGACAGUCCCUUUGACGGCGCCCUCUCACCCGAAGAACUUGUACAAUUAAGUCCCGAAAGACGGACGGUCUGCGGGCUAACGAGAGAUGAAUUCAAACCACGACUUAGCACUCAUGGCGCCCUCCAAAAAAUAUUCAUGCAACUGCAGCCCAACUCACCUCUCGAACAGUACUUCCUGUCCCAUGAAACUCACCUUGAACCACCCGGAAUGGAGCGCCUUGGUAUCGAUCCACACGCAUAUGCCACGGCACACCAAGCUAGGACCGGAAGGGUGGCCCAGAACGUAAAGACGGUCGAGGACGGAACGACGGCUCAGUAUGGAAGGUCGGUCGAGGACGGAACGACAUGCAAGGCAUCAGCCCUCGAGACGUCGACCGCCCAAACGUCGGCUGCCGAAAGCAGUGGCCAGACGGGGGGCGAGGCAUUGCCGAAAUGCAGGCUGCCUCGACCCAGCGGUGUGGUGGAAUGCCUGCCGCUUUUAAGUUCCUUCGGUUGGAUGGGCAACGACCUCUUUAUUCAACACGACGUUCAAGAACUGAAUAGACUGCUUUGUGACAAGUUGGAGUCGGAGUGUCCCGAUCCCACGAAGGCUGCAGAGAGCAAGGUGGCAGGGGAGAAGGUCGUUGCGGCCGCAGAAGUUUCCCCCAAAGUUGCAUCUGUGGAAGAAGUUAAGGAAGCGGAGACUGCCACUACAACGGAUGGACGGAUGUCGGCUCGAGACGCUUUGAAGGAGAUGUUUGGAGGCUUGACGGAGUGUUACGUAAGGUGUGCGGAGGUUAAUUAUAGUAGUGUCCAUGACGAGGAGUUUUAUGACGUUCAGUUGGAUGUCCCUUCUACAGGGGAGUGCACUCAAUCCUGUGCCCCGCUACCUGGCCAGGCACCGAAUCGACGUUCUUGUCUAUGCACCAGACAGACAAGAGAGCAGACCGGCAUCUGCCCCUGCCAGUGCCAGUGCAUCGAGGGUUGCUUCGACCGCUAUGUACAGCCCGAACUCCUCGAGGGGAUUGCCAUUGAGAAACACGGCCAACGAGAUGCCAUUAAGGGACAAACCAUAAAGGUAUCCCCUGACAUUCUCCAGCUCCAUCUUAAGAGGUUUAAAUAUGACAUUACCAACAUCAUCAAAAUUAAUAACUAUCUCCAAUUCCCUGGUACUCUAGAUCUUGGUAAAUGGAAAACAGCACACCUUUCAGACACUCACAGAUCAGAUACCAAACCACCCUCGGAUUUCCAGCCAUCAGAUGCACAGCCAUCAGGCAAACUGGAUACCAAAGGACCAGACGGGAAUCAGUCCAAGAACACCAGCAACAAGGAUGCGGGAGUUAAGAAGGACAUCGGGGUUAAGAAGGACACGGGAGUUAAGAAGGACGCGGGAGUUAAGAAGGACGCGAAGGACGAGAUGAAGGACGACGCGAAGGACGAGAUGAAGGACGACGCGAAGGGCGAGAUGAAGGACGACGCGAAGGACGAGGUGAAGGACGACGCGAAGGACGAGGUGAAGGACGACGUUUACGAGCUGGUCGGUGUCAUCAUUCAUCAAGGCGACAUAAAUAACGGCCACUACUACAGCUACAUCAAGUGUCCGGUAGCGGGAGUACCUUUGAUGGACACGAUCGGGGGGCAGAUGGUUAAAGGUACCCCCGGGUUUCAAUGGUACUUGUUCGAUGAUGACACUGUAUACAUGACCAACGAGUAUUCGGCAACACAAAACAACUAUGGUGGUCCUUACCAGCAGCUGAAGCCCAAGACGAGGGCCAUCGAUGUGGCUGCGCCCCAGGUAAGAGGUGCGGCGCACGGUAGGUGGGGUUAUAGUUCAAGCAGCGGAGGGUUGCUUGGAGGAGAGCGUUUAAAAAUCGAGGCUCCCACGAACGCAGAUGGGGAAGGAUCCCUCCUGACCGGCUCUAGUCCCCUGACCAGUUCCAGUCCAUUGUCUAGCUCAAGUCCCCUGCCUAGCUCAGGUGCUGUUGCUAGCUCAUCCGCCAUGCCUAGUCCCCUGAAUUGUAGUAGUAGCGUGGCGGGCAGUUUCGCUGACCGCGUGUCGACUCCCACGGACUGGUUCCAGACUCCGGCAGACGUUUAUUUAGAUGGUCAAGAGGAGGGAUUCCUGACUCGGCUGAAAGAGACACCGCUACCGUCUUCUGCCAGUCCCGCUGCUUUCCCGGGACGACUGCUCGGCGGCGUGAUUGAAGGCGGGGGCAUGUACGAGUACGACGCGGGUUCCUGCCGCCGUCGCGGGGGCACACACGACCAGUACGAACUUGACGAACACGACGGGCCGGACGAGGUGGGUGGUGCCAACUUUGGUGUUUCAUCCGCAGGAGGAGGUCUACAUUCUGGAGGCCUUCAUUCCGGAGGGACCAUUCCUUCCGCUGCUCCACCAGUGAAAGCUCCAGCGGUUCUACGUUCAGACUCUGCGUAUAUACUGCUAUACGUGAGAAAAGAAAACGUCCCGAAGAUCAUGCAAUCGGAAGACGUUUGGACCACCUCACCAGGCUUGGUCACUCGCCUCUGCAUCGGUGCCGCCUGUGAAGCUUUCCAACAACGACUUAACGACCGUCUGGCAGGUUGUCUACGGGUCGUUACUUACACACCUAGCUACAUAAUAAGACAUACCACGUGGGUUAAGAAUACUUGGUACAGUCUGAAGGAGCUGGACCACCAUGUCGACUACUCUACGGACGGCGCCAAGACCCAGACAAAUCCUAAGGAAGAACUCCUUCUCCAGGAAGAAAAAGGCUUGAAGGAGGGAGACACGUCGAAGAUGACGACACUCGACACGGAGACCGGCUCAUCUGUGUUGAACGGAAACGCUCUGCCGGACCUGCGACCAGAGGGCAAGUCUGUCUACUUGCGACCGCCCAACGAGUUUACGCAUAGUUUCUGGACGGUCGUGUCGUGUGCCGAAAAGCGCACCAAUUUUGCCCUCUACUACUUCGAUGUGUACCGCCCUUCAGACAAGACUGCAGCGUCCAAGUUAGGUAAUGAACACGGGAAGCCGAGUGCUCCAGAAUAUGGUUUCGCGUUAUGGCCCAUGGAAUACGAGAAAACCUCGUCCAACGGUAGCCGAGUAUACACUUCACUGGAAAAGAACAAAGGGUAUUUGGACAAGAGUCUCAGCUGCGAGCCAGUGCUAAUAACCCUGGUGGCCGACACAGUUUCUGAAGACGAAGGCGAUAUCGCGACGACCAUAGACCCCAACGACAUCAUCAGUAGACAGGAUGCUUGGCGAACUAUCGCAGUCAAAAUAUUUGACCCCUUUGUUCCGGCCACAUUCUUCUUGGGAUGUAUGUCCCUUAAGAAGCCAUCAAAGGACAUUCUCCAGGAGGAGUUUGUUAAAGCACUCAGGAUGCCGCUUGUGGAGGCUUGGACGAGGUACCCGGAUAUCUACAAGACGCAAGGCAUGAGUCACCAGCUUCGCGACUAUUUGGACCACCUAUGCCAACUGCCCGUGACCGACUUGGAGAACGUCUUGGUCACACGCACGCGUUUCUUCCUCGAGAAUAGAGGCUCCUUUGAACCAACCGACUUUCCAAAGCUACGCCAAAUGGGCCUCUUGUCACGCGUUGUUUGCACUACCUUCAUCGACCUAGAACACCAAUACGAGGAAGGCAACUACCGAACGAAACAUGUACUAACAGAUUCCUUCUGGCCGAGAGUUGAAGACUUUACUGCCUGUAGACGAUAUUCCAGUGCACUAUCUGACCAACUACUUCCCAACCAGCAUCUGACGAACCAGCCCGACCAACCUACCACGGAACACUCAGAAGUGUACAUUGUACCCUCGGACCCCGACGAAGAGCCGGGUCCAAGACCGGUUUUGAACGCCACAACCGCCCCCAGCGACGUGCGACUGUAUGGCGGUCAGGGCACGUGGUCAGAGGACUCGACCGAGAAGCCCAGGGGCGUUGGUGUCCCUCCAUUCCCACUAGUCGACUCGAGCGUCUUGGUCUCUGUCCGCUCACUCGGACAGAACGCCAUGAUGCACGCUGUUCCUGACGGCCUGUGGCAGAGUACUAACACCGGGGGCCCCACGACCGGUUCUGGACCCGGUGUUUCUGGCUCGGGUGUUAAAAGCGGUGUUGGCGCAGAAACGGAGGCGGAGGGGGACGUGGCGUGCAGUCCGAUGGCAGUGUUGCGGGACAUGCGUCGUUUCCGGCGAGUGGUAGCACAGGAGUGUGAUCUAGGGUGGCUGGCAUUAGCGAUCACAGCGCCAGAGGACGCUCCGGCGCACGAACGUGCGGUAAAAAAGGAGGUGGUGCUCACGGUCGACUUGGAGUGGUCGGUACCCGAAUUGUUUGCGGCACUGGGUGCUGCACUGGGCUGCAGUAACCCCUACCGGCUCCUGGUUACGGGUUCCCUUCCUGUCGCAUGGAGUCUCUCAGGUUCGCUUGUGUGGGAGGAAAGUUUCCUCUCUCUCUUCGGCCAAACUUGUGCGCGAAACGGCCGCUCCGCCCGCAACCUUCUAGCCGCCUUCGCUUCCGUGCAAAUGCGACAUGGUUACGUCCCCGCCGUCAGUAACCUCGCUCUCCUCAAAGACAAUUAUCUUCUCCCCAUCUCCCUCGGCGUCGUCAUCGCACAGAAACCGCUACUCGGCCCACACCGCCUGGUAUCCGUCUACAGCGAGCCCUGGCGUGCCACUCCCGCUGCACUCAUUCUCAACUGCGGACUGUCCACGCAAAUCGGUAACUCACCAACCGUCCCGUCCCCCGUCCCGUCCCCCGUCCCGUCCCCCGUCCCGUCCCCCGUUCCGUCCCCCGUCCCGUCGCCCAUCCCAUCCCCCGUCAUCCUUUUCCCCUUCUCACCUAACGCGGACUUUGGCAGGAAGGUCUAUAAGCGUCUCGGACUCACCCGCGAGGCGACGACUGUCUUUAGUGAGGACUCAAUGCGACUAGACGCGUUUCCGGAGUUGCAACGGGAGUGUCGCUGGCUGGAAAUCAAGUUCCGUAAUCCCGACCGAUCUGCAGCCAUGGUACCGGUGCUGGAUAAUACCACAGUUGGGGAUAUUAUGCAUAAGGUGGGCUUCCGUGGCGAAAUGAAGGACUACGAAUUUGUCGUCCACACCAGUCAUGCAAAACGGAACCUAACCGACCCUAAAA